AUGCCUCGGAUUCCGGGGUCGGGGCCGUCCUCUCCCAGCACCAACUCUCAGACAACAGCUGCUGAUGGAUUUCUACAGGAGGUUUCUGGAGUGAGCACCGAGGGGCGGGGCGAUCUCCUGGAGCACAGGGCGCCCGGCACACCUGCAGCUUGUUCUGCCCAAAUUGGCUGGCUUUAUAAGCCACGCUCCCUUUGUCUCCUGUUCCGGAUGAUUCCCCAGUGUUUCAGUGUCUCAUGCUUCCUGCGAUCUCCUGCCUCUUGCCUCGUGUUCUGCUCCUGCCUUUUGUUAAUGAUUAGAAGGGGCAAUUACAGGCAGAUCCCUCCAAGGUGGAGGAUGUCAAAGGAUGGCCAACUCCCACCACCCGCAAGCAGUUGCAGCAUUUCUUGGGCUUUGCCAACUUCUACGAUCUUGACCGGCAGUUUGCGGCCGAGGUUGAUGCCUCGGAUUCUGGGGUCGGGGCCGUCCUCUCCCAGCGCCAACUCUCAGACAACAGCUGCUGAUGGAUUUCUACAGGAGGUUUCCGGAGUGAGCACCGAGGGGCGGGGCGAUCUCCUGGAGCACAGGGCGCCCGGCACACCUGCAGCUUGUUCUGCCCAAAUUGGCUGGCUUUAUAAGCCACGCUCCCUUUGUCUCCUGUUCCGGAUGAUUCCCCAGUGUUUCAGUGUCUCAUGCUUCCUGCGAUCUCCUGCCUCUUGCCUCGUGUUCUGCUCCUGCCUUUUGUUAAUGAUUAGAAGGGGCAAUUACAGGCAGAUCCCUCCAAGGUGGAGGAUGUCAAAGGAUGGCCAACUCCCACCACCCGCAAGCAGUUGCAGCAUUUCUUGGGCUUUGCCAACUUCUACGAUCUUGACCGGCAGUUUGCGGCCGAGGUUGAUGCCUCGGAUUCUGGGGUCGGGGCCGUCCUCUCCCAGCGCCAACUCUCAGACAACAGCUGCUGAUGGAUUUCUACAGGAGGUUUCCGGGUAAGCCUGGUCUGAUAUUUGGCUGUUUUUUGUUAUGGGGUGUCUGACUUUUCUCUCCCUGUCUUUGCAGAGUGACAGAGGGGUGGGGCGAUCUCAUUCUCCACCUGGCACACCAGCAGCUUGUUCUGCCCUAAUUGGCUGGCUUUACAAGCCACGCUC